AUGGUCAACUCCUGUUGUGGAUCACUUUGCUCUGACCAGAGCUGUGGCCAAGACUUCUGCCAGGAGACCUGCUGCCACCCCAGCAGCUGCCAGACCUCCUGCUGCAGGACCACCUGCUGCUGCCCCAGAUGCUGCAUCUCCAGUUGCCACCACCCUUCCUGGAACAGCUCCAGCUGCUGCCACCCCUCUUGCUAUGGCUCCCGCUCCUACCUCUGCCAGGAGACCUGCUGCCACCCCAGCAGCUGCCAGACCUCCUGCUGCAGGACCACCUGCUGCCGCCCCAGAUGCUGCAUCUCUAGCUGCUGCAGGCCCCAGGGCUGCCAGUCUGUGUGCUGUCAGCCCACCUGCUGCCGCCCCAGAUGCUGCAUCUCUAGCUGCUGCAGGCCCCAGGGCUGCCAGUCUGUGUGCUGCCAGCCCACUUGCUGCCACCCCAGAUGCUGCAUCUCCAGUUGCCACCACCCUUCCUGGAACAGCUCCAGCUGCUGCCACCCCUCUUGCUAUGGCUCCCGCUCCUGUGGCUCCAGCUGCUGCCUGCGCCCAGUCUGUGGCCGGGUCUCCUGCCACACCACUUGCUAUCGCCCCACCUGUGUCAUCUCCACCUGCCCCCGCCCCGUGUGCUGCCCUUCUUCCUGCUGCUGA